AUGUCGCAUACUUCUGGACCUUCCCAUGAGCUUACACCCCAAUCUACUACUGCAGUUCCCUUCCAGGUCACAAUUGAUGCGGGGGCAGCCUCAUCCGGAUUGAUCAACUUUUCCAUCAAUGCGUUGGCCCGAAUAUCUCACGCAGGGCUCGACCACUUUGCCUAUGGGGUAUGUGUUUUGGUCGGCCAUGCAAUAUCCUACAGUCCAGUGGGGAUGGAAAGAUUCCACCAAGCGCUGGAGAGGGCACCGGUCCAAGCAGGUUUUCAAAAGUUGCUUUGGUUUGGUUUUGGUCACAAAAGUCCCAUCCAGAUCCUUCUCGAAACGGAGUCUGGGUGUAGAUUCACUGCUCUAAGCGCCUGUCUUUCUGAGGUGUAUUCCACCAGCAUGGCCGGCCAAAUCAUGCUUGCCUUCAGCCGCAAAGUGUUCGAAAACGUGCCGGACGAACAGCAAAUCAAACUCCCGUCUCAAAUGCAGAUGACCUUGCUCGUGGAGAAAUGUGCUGGGAUACUCUCUGCGACCAGCUUCCCUCUCUGGGCCGAGCAGUACAUGGCUUUUGAUCACGAGUCGAUUGUAGGACAACACGCAUGGCGACAUGGUUCCAACAAAACGCGACGAACCCGCGGCGUGGCGAGUGCUACGGACAUUGCCAAAGCCCUGUACGCCAUUAUGGGGCUUCGCUCGGGGUCCACGCGCCAUCUAACUCUCGUCGGCGUCGCGGAUGCCGCUCUGAUUGCAGCAAUUGCCAAUUGGCUAUUGGACUUGAAGGUGAUCUUAUACACCAGUGAUCGGCAACAAGAAGACGACGUCUGGUUUCGCAACUUUUCCGACGACGAAGAACCCCAUCUCACUGUCAUCUACUCCAGAAAUCCGCGCCCGACAUCAAGCUUGAUCCAGCGAGACCGUACGAUUCAGCUACCUGAUGCAACGUCCCUAUUCAGAUCACACGCUGAAUUGAAGCCAAACCAUGAUUUUGUUGUCAGCGGACGAGUCUCGUGGACACAAGCUUUGUAUAGAACGUUUGGGGAUCAAUCGCACCUCCUUCUCAGUAUGCACGCUCCUUUCGGCUCUGCCAUGGGCAGUGCUGCGCGCAUCUUCUACGCGUUGGAGAAAGCAGACAGCAAUGUGCCACGUGAGUGGUUGCACAGGAGCACCGCGUACUUCCCUGUCAGUUAUGGCCAUGAUUUCAUCAAUUUCUCCGGAUUUCGAUUCCCGGAACUAAGCGACAAAGAUUUACAUGCCGCAAUGUUCAAUACAUUCAACACUGCGUUGUCUUACAGACAUGCGUGCGACAUAUUUAAAGAAUCCAUUGGCAUCUUAGCACACCAUUGCAGGUGCAAAAUCUGCGUUCCAACCCCUCCCCAGGGAACAACCCCUCGGUCAACCUCAUUCUGUCUGGUAGUUCUCACCACAGCCAUCAUUAGGCUGGUCCGAGGUCUUUCAGGCAUUAUUGCCACCGAGGGGCUAUGUCCCAGUAGAAAAGGUCUCGAGUACAUCUAUCGACUGCAACAAAUGCGAGUGUCACGGGUGAUUGGGGGCUCAGGGGGGGCGUCCAUCGUGGACGCGAUCAUUGAGUAUGCUAUCUCUGACUUGCAGUGGACGGAAGCAUCUCAACUCCGAUUUGCUGAAUACGUCUUCAAUGGGAGGCCAUUUGCAGACGAGCCCGAAGAGUCUGGGGUUUCUGCUACCGCAAGCAAUGGGCUUUGCUUCUAUCUUGAUAUCCUUCGAGACUUCACUGCAGUGGAUGCGAUGGAGAUGUGCCGCGUCAAUAUCAUACCAGGCCACAUAAUAUUCGAAAAUCGGCUCUACAGUCGCGUGGGGGAGAAGGCAACGCUCCUUUCCAAGAAGGGGGCGUAUAACAAACGGCCACAGGUCUGCAUCCCUGAAAGAGUGGUCCGGGCUGUCCAAAGUUGCAUAGGAGGUACCGCCAUGCUGAACGUGACGGAGACUAUGACUUAUGAUCGACAGCCGGCACUGGAGGUCUACUUUGAGAUCCUCAGGGAUGGUCAGGCAACAGCGCGCGUGGGCCCCUGCAAGAUAGUCCAGAAUAUUCCCCGUGGCAUUGGAAUGGUCCAAUGCCAAAACGAUGGCUGCAAUAGAUCAGAAGAAGCGAGAAAACUUCUAGACCGGAGUGAGGAGCGUGGGCCACUUCUCCGAACGAUUGUUGCCGACAAUCGGCAAGUAUACUUGUUUCGCGAUGAUGUUAUCAGUCGUCUGCUUGCCUUAUUCUAUUGCUGGGAGCCGCUCAUUCAACGGGAUGAAUGUUUGGCUUGUUGUGUGAGAUAUGGCUGCGAGGCCGGCUGGGAUAGCUUCGCAGUCCUUUGCAGGACGCAUGGUAACAGGAUUCCCAGGGAAUCGGCAUCAUUAUCCCUCGGCCAGUCGGUAUAA